AACGAGCCUCUUGAAGAAACUCUGAUAGAGGAUAAUAAUAUUACACUGAAUAAACGCGGUUCAAAGGACAAUGAGCACCUUGAUCAGCUAGAUGAAGUUAGUUCACUAAAAAUUAGUGAGAAAAUAAAUGGACAGUCAGAGACACAAGAUGGAUCAUUUAAGCUAGUGGAAAGUGAUCAUCAAGAGAAACAACCACUUCAUAAUGAUUUUAAGAGGAAUAUACUUGAACGAAUGGAAACAACCUCAAUAGUCGAAGAACAAGCUAACACUGACAUAAACACAGAGCCUUCAGAGAAAACUGUGCACGUGUCAGAUAAUAAUGAUACCGAACUCUUACCAAAAGAAAAUGAAUUAGGUACGAUCGACGGAUCUUUUCCGGAUAGUGGAGAUGCAGUCGUUUUUGAAGACGAUGAAUUAAACACUGGUGAUGCAACAAUUUAUGAUAAUAAUGAAGAUGGUGUUGUACCCAAUGAUUUGGAGAGUGAAUCAAAUCUUUCUGUUGGUAAGCAGUCUUCUAAAAAAGAAAAUGAUCUUUCAAAUAGCGAGAAAUCUCGCUGUAUCUUGGUAUAUGAAGGCCAAGAAUUUCCAUUACACGUAAAGUUAAACAAAUGCUUGGGUGAAUGGAUGCAAGAACUCAAAAAAGAAUAUAUUCGAGAUGAAAUACACGAUCAUGAAGUAGUGCUGACAUUUAAAGACUCAGCCGUCGAUGACUUUCGAUUAGUUUUGACUCAAGACAAUAAAUAUUCACAACGUUUCACUCUUGGGAAGAUUAUUACUACCCACAAUAGAUAUCGGAAGUCUCAUGAUUUGAAUACAACAGAUCUUCUUAUAGUAAUGACUUUACAAGAACGGUUUAUUUCACAGUAUCGAAAAUAUAAUGGUGUCGCAGGUGAAGAUCCUGAAUCUUUUGAUGAUGGAGAUAUUAAUGAUUAUGAUAAUAUAUUACCACAACCUACAACCGCGAUGGCACAAUUAUCUGGGACAGGUAAUUCAUUUUUUAAACCAUCAAAAGAUGCCUUUGCAGUAUUAAAAAUUAUGAUGUUUCCAAAUUAUCCUGGAGGUGAUAAUGGAGAAAUACAAUAUAUUGAUAGUGAAGCCUGGAAAAACGGAACUCAAGGGUUUUACGGGGUUCCUCAAAUAUACCAAAUGCAAACGAAUGAAUUAUAUGUUGGUCCGCAGGGAACUUAUGGGAGUGGCCUAGGAUUAUAUGAUAAUAUACAAUUUGAACAAAAUGAUUUAUAUGGCGAUACUUUUAACGAAUUACUAACUAAUUUCGACAAUCAAGCUGAAAACUUUGAUGGAUCAUCAAUCUAUUAUAACCAGAC